AUGGUCAGAGUCUCAGAGAUUUGCAUGGUACAAUACUCUCCAAACUUAAUAUUUGGUACUGUGGAAAAGGACCCAGUUAUCCGUGCGGACAGCAAAAACAACGCGUUAAACGCGGAAGCGUUCGCGCAGGUGCUUAACCUCUUGUUGCAAAAUUUACGUGACAGAGCUGCUUCAGGGAAUUCUAGUGAAAAAUUUGCAGCAGGACAUGCACCGACUGAUGAAGGCCAAACAAUAUAUGCACUUGUGCAGUGCACUCCGGAUAUAGACAAAGGAGAUUGCAGUAAUUGCCUUGGAAGUUGCAUCUCUGAUAUUCCAUCAUGUUGUGAUGGAAAGGAAGGAGCUAGAAUUCUUAAACCAAGCUGUAAUAUAAGGUAUGAGGUCAGUCGGUUCUAUAAAUCUGCAGUUGAUUCAGUAGUAGAUGUUUCAGCUCCUCCAGCAACUCCAACAACUCCAGAAACUCCAGCUCCACCUAAGCAAGGAAAGAAGAGUAACACAAUAAAAACUAUCAUCAUCAUCAUUGUGGUUGUGAUUGCUUUUGUGACUAUGCUUCUCGGUGGCACUUGCAUUUUCUUACAAGUUAAGAAACCAUGGGUAAAACUUGGAUAUGAUCGUAUUUCACAAGAAAUGAGUUUCGUGAAUUCAUUACAAUAUGAAUUUGAAAUUAUAAGAUCUGCAACAGAUGACUUUUCUGAUGCCAAUAAGCUUGGUCAAGGUGGAUUUGGAGAUGUUUACAAGGUAACAAAACAUUAUAUAGCUAGGUGA